AUCACCUCCCUCCCAAGACUCACCAUUCAUACUUCACAGUCCCAGUUUCUGCUCACUCAACAGUUCCCGUUAGUACUCCUUUAUUGCUUGCUUUUAUCAAUGGCUGCAGUUCUUCAAGAAGACGUAGUCAUAGUUGGAGCUGGUAUAGCCGGACUGGCCACAUCCUUGGCUCUUCACAGGGUCGGGAUCAAAAGCUUGGUGUUGGAAUCAGCAUCGAGCUUGAGGGCUACUGGGUUUGCUCUGUCGACAUGGGACAACGCUUGGAGAGCUCUGGACGCGCUUGGGCUGGGCGAAGCUCUUCGCCAGCAACACCAGCUGCUUGAUGGGGUGGUGGCUUAUUCCACAGCUACAGGACGCAGCAGUGCGGAGAUACCUUUCUCGGGACAUGAAAUUCGGUGUGUGCAGAGGAAGCUACUGCUUGAAGCCAUGGAUAAGGCCCUUCCGGAUGGUACUAUCAGGUACUCAUCCAAUGUGGUAUCCGUGGAGGAUUCGGAUUCUGAAUCAGGCUGCUUGUUCAAGCUUCUGCAUCUUUCUGAUGGUGCUGUGAUCAAAACCAAGGUGUUGAUUGGUUGCGAUGGAGUGAAUUCCAGGGUGGCAAAGUGGCUAGGAUUCAACGAGGCAUCAUUCGCGGGAAGAACAGGAGUUAGAGGUAUUGCAACAUAUCCAGAAGGCCAUGAUUUCAGCUCUAAGUUCCGCAUGUUUGUUGGGAAAGGCUUCCGUGCUGGUUGUAUCCCUUGUGAUGACAAAACCAUGUACUGGUUCUUCACUUGGACACCCACAGCACAAGAGAAGGAUCUCCAUGAUAACCCUGCUAAGCUGAAGGAAUUCAUACUAACCAAACUCCAGAAUGCACCUGGUGUAAAGGAAGUUGUGCAGAAGACUGAGGUAGACAGAAUCCUAUCAUCCCCUUUACGAUUCAGGCGGCCAUGGCAGAUUCUGAUGGGGAACAUAAGCAGAGGCAAUGCUUGUAUUGCUGGGGAUGCACUGCAUCCCAUGACUCCUGAUCUCGGCCAAGGUGGCUGCUCCGCCUUGGAAGAUGGUGUGAUUCUUGGCAGGUGCCUUGCUGAAGCCCUGAAGAAAGAUUCUGCUGGCUUGGGAAGCAAGGAAGAGUACGAGAGGAUUGUGGCUGGGUUGAAGAAGUAUGCCAAAGAGAGGAGGUGGAGAAGCUUUGAUCUCAUCACCACUUCUUAUCUUGUGGGUUUUGUGCAGCAAAGUGAAGGAAAGAUUGGAACUUUUGUUAGAGAUCAUGUGUUGGCUAAGUUCUUAUCUGGGUUGUUGCUGAAGAGAGCUGAGUUUGACUGUGGGAAGCUCAUCAGCAUGUAGCAAGUCUUCUUCCACAUAGUAUUUCCCCCACUUUUCAUAAUGCUUAUGAGUUUGCCAUUUUCUUUUUGGUUAUUUCGAUAUUGAUGCUUAUGAGUUUUAAGAUGAUGUUAUUUCAUACGAGAAUGUAACAUGUUUUCUUUGUGGAAAAUAAUGUUUUAAGUAUGAUCCACAUAUAUCAUAGGCGUUUCGUGUGUUUUCGUUAAGAAAUGGUAACAUGAUAA